AUGGAGGUCGCCAUGGACAACACAGAGGAGAGGCUCCAUCACCUCAGCCAUGAGAUGAUCCACCAGCAGGGCUUGAUCGCCGCCCUGCGUCAAGAUGUGGAGAGCUGCAAGGAGCAGGUCGCUGCGCUCAAGGAUUGCUUGCAGAGCAAGGGCGUAGUCGACAGUGUACGCUUCCUGGUGCAUUUGCACCGACACAAGUUCGAGUCGGCAUGUGCUGCUUAUGGGCUGGGACCACGAUUGCCAUUGGAUUUCGUCAUCGACAUCCGGGCCGUGGCCAUGGCCGUGGGCAGCUACGCCGGCUACUCAGCCAUGCGGGCCCUACGGGAGGCCUGUGCAGCAGUCGCCCCGGCCGCUGCUGAUGCCUUGGAGCUGCUAUGCCCAGGCCAUCUAUACCUGUGUGGUGGAUUUGAAGGACAGCUGGCGCUCAGCUCUGUGGAGCGACUGGAUCCUCACGCUGGCGUUUGGGAGGUGCUCCCUCCCAUGACUGAAGCCCGCCAAUAUACCUGCGCAGGUGUGAUUGGCGGUAAGAUCUAUGUGUGUGGCGGUUGGGCUGGACCACAACCGGUGCGAAGCGUGGAGUGUUACGAUCCAUCCAGCAACAGGUGGGACCCUAUGCCACCCAUGCUGGUGGCCAGGUGGGGUGCUGGGGCAGGCGUCAUCAACCAGCGGCUCUACAUUUGUGGUGGUUUGGACGAAAGCAGGCUGGCACUUGGAUUCCGACCACACUGGAUCCCUGAGUGUUCACUGCAGGAUAGUAUCCAUGAUUAUACAACUGUUGCUAUUGCAAAUCCAAGCUUACUGCUUGUGAAUCCGGGUGAAGACCCGAUGCUUGUUCGCUGCCGUCCGCCGUGA